GCUAAGGUAAAUGCUUUGUAGCAGAGGCAAAACAGACAUGGACAGGCCACCUCUCUAGAUUACACGUCGCUUGGAGCCGUAGUUUGUAUGACUUAAGACUGAUCCGACGCCCAGGACCCAGGAAUUGUCUUGCUUGAUUCUUUGUCUUACUAGUGCUGCUCCCGGCCAAAACGAGCAUCACUUGCAAUAAAUAGCGUCUUCUGGUCUGCACUUUACGCCGCUCAAGUCGGUCUCCAGUUGACAGACGAACAUCCUGCACACAUAACAGGUGCUGACAUCAAAUCCUGAAGACGGGAAGCGGCAUAUCAUAUCGGCUGUGCCUAAGCGAGAAGAUCACGAACGCCAGAUGGCUCCAAAAUUGUUGGUCGUUCACGUUCUACACUGGAUCACACCUAUCGCGAUCGGUACAACUUUCGGUAUCGGGCGGCUCGUUGCAUUUUGCAAACUUCAGAGACCAUCUCGGUGUUCUCGUGGCUCGGCGAAAAGUAGACAAUUCGUUUCUGUGACAUUGUCGGUAGCUGUUCUGCUGCUAUUUAUCGCUCAAGCUUUAGGAUAUGCCCUCGAUCAAUUCCAAGGACUGAAUCAGCGCGAUGUAACACAGGAUAUUCAAGUUUACGUUGGCGGAUCUAUAUUCAUCUGGGGGACCGUGGCUGUUCAUCUUUUGGGCAAGUCCAAGCGGAUAUGGCAUCCAUAUGUUGCAGCAUGGAUCAUGGGCACAUUUCUCGAGGCUUGCGUGUUCUCCACUGGGCAUUCCUCUGAAGCUGGUAACCUCCACUCCGGUCUGGAUUCUGCUCUACAUAUUUGCCGUAUUGUUUGCCUAUCAGCUCUUGCUUGCAGUGGACUAUGCUUCUCCGUCGGCCGUCAGCUGCUUCAACCUAGAGCAGAUGAAGAACAUCGACCUUUGCUCAUAUCCGGAGUGAACGAGGGUCAUGCUACAAUUGUGUCGGAUCAUGACGAUGAGGACGAUGAGCACUGUCCAGUCAUCGAAGGAGAAGAUGGCGAACCCGAUCGAACAAAAGAGUUGAAAGAGAAACAAAGGAAACGCUUACAGGAGUGUGGAAGUUGGAUGGCGUAUUUGAAGGAUUUCAAGCUGCUCGCGAAGCUUGCUUGGCCUUCUGGAGAUGGGUCCGCUAAGAUGUGUUUGACCAUCCUGUUUAUGGUUAUUCUUGCUGACAGGGCACUGAAUCUCUUGGUCCCUAGACAACUGGGCAUUAUCACCGACAAGCUCUGGUCUGCACACGAGACUGGGGAAAUUCCUAUCAAGGAGAUCGGACUUUGGAUGCUCUAUGUAUGGCUUAAUUCGUAUGCUGGUCUCCACGCAAUCACACAGUUUUGUCAGCUCCCGAUCGAACAAUACGCCUAUCGAAAGAUCGGAACGACUGCUUUUGGUCACAUCAUGAAUCUCUCAAUGGAUUUUCAAAGCAACAAGCAUUCAGGAGAGCUGAUGGCGGCUAUCGGACAAGGCCAACAUCUAUAUCGACUGUGCGAAUUCGUAUUCCUUGAUGUAGGUCCCAUGAUCUUCGACCUUGUCAUAGCACUUGUUUACGUCACUCUCCUCUUCGAUGCUAGCAUAACUUUGAUCAUGAUCAUGGUCGGAGUUGGCUAUACCUGCGUUGGGACCAAGACCACAUCUUGGGCCAUGCAGCGACGAAGACGGUACAAUCAGGCCCAACGUAACGAGUCCAAGGUUCAAAACGAGAGCAUCGGAAAUUGGCAAACCGUGGCGUAUUUCAAUAUGGCCGACCAUGAGUGUAGCCAGUAUUCGAAGGCUGUCGAUGAGCACAAUGUCGCGAGAAGUCGCUAUUACAUGGUGCACUACGCAGGGUACGCCGCGCAGAAUCUGAUUCUCCUACUUGGUCAGCUCUCUGCUGCUUUGCUGGCAGCAUAUCGCGUAUCUCGCGGGGCAGCGCCAGUUGGUAACUUCAUCACAUUGGUGACGUACUGGAAUACUAUCGAAGCUCCGUUGACCAGCGUAUCUUUCUCUGUCAGGCAACUGUCCCAGAUGCUCAUCGACUCAGAACGGUUGUUGGAACUCUUGCGUACACAGCCUAGUGUUACCGACCGCUCCGGUGCAAAACCUCUGCAUUUCAAGCAAGGCAGGAUCGAGUUUGAUAACGUCAGAUUUGCUUAUGAUGUACGCAAAACCUCGCUUGAUGACGUUUCCUUUGUUGCAGAGGCUGGCAAGACGAUCGCACUUGUCGGAGAAACAGGUGGUGGGAAGUCGACGAUCUUGAAAUUGCUCUUUCGCUAUUACGAUGUGUCGAGUGGUAGUAUCAAGAUUGAUGGUCAAGACAUUCGAAAUGUCACUUUGAACAGUCUUCGUGCUGCUUUCGGAGUGGUACCUCAAGACCCAUCUCUGUUCAACGCCAGUAUCAUGGAAAACGUCCGCUACGCUCGACUAGAAGCCAGUGAUGAAGAAGUAAAGGAGGCUUGUCGAGCUGCAGCGGUACAUGAUCGCAUCAUCUCGUUUCCCGACGGCUAUCAAUCUACAGUUGGUGAGCGCGGUGUCAAACUGAGCGGUGGCGAACUCCAGCGGAUUGCUAUUGCUAGAGCUAUGCUGCGCAAUCCUCGUAUCGUGUUAUUGGAUGAAGCAACAAGCAUGGUGGAUGCCGAGACGGAAGCCGCGAUCCAGAAGGCCUUCCAACGACUGACCAGAGAUAGAACAACGUUUGUCGUGGCUCACAGACUAUCGACUAUUCAGGAUGCGGAUCUGAUCCUUGUUGUACAGAAUGGGCAGAUCAUCGAGAGAGGUACUCACGAGCAGCUGUACACUCUCGACGGCAAAUACACCCGACUUUGGUCAAAACAGUUGUCAAAGCAGACAGCACAGAUCUGAAUAAUGUCGCAUUGCUUGAUUGUCGUGUGCAAGACCGCUGUUGGUAAAAUUAAUAGCAAGCGUGUGAUACCCUAUCAGGCGGCUGUGGGCUGGGCUUUUCGGUAUUUCUAAUCGUUCAAAAGUUAAUUGAAGGGAGAGGUUGGUUACUUGCUUGCUUGUCGGAUCACACAGCGAGUCCUGUCUCUCUGCCAAAAGAGUCAUGGUUCUGCGAGGUUACCCUGCAAGCUCGAAUCCAGUAUUCGAUUAGUAUGUAUGACAUUGCCA